AUGAUUUGUGAAUACAUGAUUGAUCACUUUGGAUUUGAUGAAAAUCUUACAUUCCAGCAGCGCUAUCUAGUAGCAGAUCAGCACUGGAAGAAAGACAAUGGACCAAUACUAUUUUAUACAGGCAAUGAAGGAGACAUCACGUGGUUCUGCAACAAUACGGGUUUUAUGUGGGAUGUGGCUGAAGAACUUAAUGCCAUGUUAGUAUUUGCUGAACAUAGAUAUUAUGGAGAAUCUUUGCCCUUUGGUAAUGAGUCUUUCAGUGAUUCCAAGCAUCUGAAUUACCUGACGUCAGAACAAGCCCUGGCAGACUUCGCAGUACUGGUUGAGUACUUAAAGACGACCAUUGCGGGAGCCCGUUACAGUCCUGUCAUAGCUAUAGGAGGAUCUUAUGGAGGAAUGCUUGCAGCCUGGUUUAGGAUGAAGUACCCCCAUGUGGUAGUUGGAGCGCUGGCAGCCUCUGCCCCAAUCUGGCAGUUUGGUGAUUUGGUUCCAUGUGGCACUUAUUUCAGCAUAGUGACUAAUGAUUUCAAAAAAAGUGGGACAGGCUGCUCAGAAAGCAUCCGGAAUUCCUGGAAUGCCAUUAACCACCUUUCUUCAACAGAUGCAGGUUUACAGUGGCUUUCCAGCACAUUUCAUUUGUGCAGCCCAUUAAAAAAUCUUCAGGAUGCUGCUAUAUUGAAAAGCUGGCUGAGUGAAACAUGGGUAAACUUGGCUAUGGUGAACUAUCCCUAUAAAGCUGACUUCUUACAGCCUCUGCCAGCUUGGCCUAUACAGGAAGUCUGCAAGUUCUUGAAGGAUCCCAGUCUCUCUGACAAAUUGUUGCUGCAGAAUGUUUUUCAGGCAGUAAAUUUAUACUACAAUUAUUCAGGAGAAGCCUCAUGCUUAGACAUGUCUGAGACCGCAACAAAGAAUCUGGGCCAGUUGGGUUGGUACUAUCAGGCUUGCACUGAGAUGGUGAUGCCCAUGUGCACAGACGGUGUCAAUGACAUGUUCGAGCCUCAGAAAUGGGACUUUGAUGCACUUUCAGAAGAGUGUUACAGGCUGUGGGGAGUGAGGCCUCGCCCCUCUUGGAUUCUUUCUAUGUAUGGAGGGAAAAACAUCAGUUCACACAGCAACAUUGUCUUCAGCAACGGCGGCCUGGACCCAUGGUCUGCAGGGGGGGUGACCCAGAACAUCACCGAUUCCCUCGUGGCAAUUGUGAUCCCAGACGGAGCUCAUCACCUGGACCUACGCAGCCGCAACCCUUUGGACCCCAAAUCUGUGCGGCAAGCUCGAGCCUUGGAAAUCUGCUACAUGAAGCAGUGGAUUGAAAAGGCCAGGCACAGCCACUGAAGUGGUACUGCGACAACUGUGGCCGUUAUACCUCUGUUGGCUUUGGUGAGAGCAGGGCCAGGCCUUAGUGCACGGUUGUCUGAACAUUUCACUCCUGUUUCCU